UUUUUUUAAAUUUCCUCUUGCCGGGCGAUUUUUCUGUCCCUCUCUCCAUUGCGCUAUCUCAGCUUUAUUCGUACCUCAGCACUUUUCUCUCUUUGCCGUGCUCCUCAUUUUUCUAUAACCGCUGUGCACCGAUUCCCCCACCACUCUACCUUCCUGUUCUGGAUCUGCAUCGAAACCGCACGGUAGAGGCUUGGUUCCAUAUUUCCUUUUACCGGCGACCAGGGUCUAGCUUUUCUUUUUAUAGCACGCCAUCUUGCGGGAUACAGGCGCGGCUUCAUUCACAGAACCGCCUUUUACACAGCUACGCACUGCGCAUUCACAGGACACGGGCUUUGGCAUUUAGACAUGAGUGGCUCACACCAGGCCUGGGUGCUGUCGAUGACGUCUGGGGUUGCGUCGGCGCUGGGAGCAGCGAUGCUGUACUUGGACCCAUUGCUGCACAAGCUCGGUAUACCAGAGCAUGUAAACAUACUGGAGUCGCACACAGUUCUAUCGGCACUGCUAGCAGGGGCGUCAGGAAUCAUGGCGUACACGAGCAUCAGCUCACUGACCGGCGAAUCGAUCGACUACCUGGCGCAGUACAAGGGGUGGCCGAUUGCCCAGCAGUACCCGGGCGCAGUAUCGGCGGUGUUGUUUUUGCUGGGCGCGCACCUGAACCUGCUUCUGGUGAAGGUCGUAGCGUAUGUAAUGCCGAGUGACUCGCCGAUCAAGCACUCGUGUGCAUCUCACUCGCCCAGCGAGGAGGAGCUGCAGGUUGGCGCAUCGCACGGUAGAGAUCCAUCGACAGGAAACACGAGCACUCGCAGUCUGGUGGGAACGCCAGCAGGUAUAGAUGAGCGGCAGCCGCUACUGAGCAACAUCGCCAGCGUACAGCCGAGUCCGCUAGUCAACCGGUUUGUGACGCCAAUGGACAGCAUGAGCAACUUUGACGGCGAUAUUACGGCCAUGGCAGCAACCGACCGGGACGACAGUUCGCCUGAGGUUGUGCUGCGACACCACCAUCGUUGCGACUGCCAUUGUGCGUCCGAGUGUCCUGACUUGUACAUCCCUGGGCGCAACGGCGAGUGCGAGUAUGCAUGCACCAAGAGGGAUUGCUACCAGUUUGAGCAUUGUCACAUCACGCCACUGUACCCACACCCGCAUACGCAUGGCGUCGAGAACAACGGCAUUGAGCAGCUUGCCCACGGUGGGCACUGCUACAGCCCGGUAAUCAAUGAGAAUCCGGGCAAGAGCGCCGACCACCACAACCAUAGCCAUGUAUGUGGCAAGUCGACCACAGCAGCCGGCAGCGUCCAUAGCAGUGUGCAUAUCGAGGAGGUUGACGAGCACCAUGCUCAUCAUCAUCAUCAUCACCACCACCACCACCACCACAAUGAUGAUGAUGAGCAUGAGACUGAGGGUGACAGCAGGACAGCGGCCGAAAUCAGCACUCAGCACCACAGACUGCUACUGCAUGUCGGCCUGCAGACCGCUGUAGCGAUUGCGCUGCACAAGAUCCCUGAGGGACUGAUUAUCUACAUGUCUCGACGCGCAUCACCCAAGCUGGGCGUGUCAGUAGCGGCGUCACUGUUCUUCCAUAACCUUCCCGAGGGCCUGAUGCUGGCGUUGCCGCUGUUCCUGGCCACGGGCCGACGGACGCAGGCAUUCCUGGUGUCGUCACUGAUGGGCGCAGUACCGCCAUUUAUUGGAGCCACAAUCGGGUGGUUUAUUGUCGACGAUGUGCUGGACGACGGGGCAAGUCUCGCAGGCGUGUUUGGCGUGGCGUUUGGUAUCAUCGCAGGCAUGAUGAGCAUGGUGGCUCUCAACGGAAUGCUCCCGACUGCACGGAUCUACGACAAAUCCGGGAAUGUUGUUGCAUGGUGGUUCGCGUUUGGCAUCGCGGCGAUGCUGUUUGCUAACUCGACUCUUAAAUGAUAACUAAGAGUCCCGCGCUGGUAGAUAAUAAUAUAUUCUGCUGAGACUUGAGGCUUUUUGUUGCUGGGACUUGCGAG